CAUUGUCCCAGACCCUUCCACCACCAGGGCCAUCUUUGGUUGUCCUCGCCGGUGACACACAGUGUGGACACUUUAUACCACCGCUCCUAUCCAUCUAAUGAUUAAUAAAACCCAUUUGACCGUCUAACAAGCCGUCCAAAGGUACCGGACUGAGAGAGAAGGGACGCUCACUGGCCAUUCUUUCAUUGCUGGACACUUUACGCCAUUUCACAGAGGAAAAAAAAAGAGGGCGAGACGUGAGAGUUGGCAAUACAACAUGGAUGAGGAAUAUGAUGUGAUCGUUUUGGGCACCGGACUCACGGAAUGUAUCCUAUCUGGGAUCAUGUCUGUGAACGGCAAGAAGGUUCUGCACAUGGACAGGAACCCCUACUAUGGAGGCGAGAGCUCUUCCAUCACCCCCCUGGAGGAGCUUUAUAAGCGCUUCAGUCUUUCAGAUAGCCCACCUGAGUCAAUGGGUCGAGGACGGGACUGGAAUGUGGACCUCAUCCCUAAGUUUCUCAUGGCCAACGGGCAACUUGUGAAGAUGCUGCUAUACACAGAAGUGACUCGCUAUCUGGACUUUAAAGUGGUGGAGGGAAGCUUUGUCUACAAGGGAGGAAAGAUCUACAAGGUGCCAUCAACUGAGACUGAGGCAUUAGCUUCAAAUUUGAUGGGAAUGUUCGAGAAACGGAGGUUUCGCAAGUUUUUAGUCUUUGUGGCCAACUUUGACGAGAAUGACCCCAAAACCUUCGAGGGGGUGGACCCCAAGACCACAACCAUGAGGGAUGUUUACAAGAAGUUUGACCUCGGCCAGGAUGUAAUUGACUUCACUGGCCACGCCCUGGCCCUCUACAGGACAGAUGAGUACCUUGAUUCUCCCUGCUUGGACACCGUCAACCGAAUCAAACUGUACAGUGAGUCUCUGGCACGUUAUGGGAAGAGCCCUUACCUCUAUCCCUUGUACGGCCUUGGAGAGCUGCCACAAGGAUUUGCAAGAUUGAGUGCCAUCUACGGCGGUACCUACAUGCUCAACAAACCAGUGGAUGAGAUUGUCGUUGAAGGUGGCCAUGUGAUCGGCGUUAAGUCUGAAGGCGAGGUGGCUCGCUGCAAGCAGCUCAUUUGUGAUCCCAGCUAUAUUCCGGACCGUGUCCGCAAGGCUGGUCAGGUUAUCCGUGUGAUCUGCAUCCUCAGUCAUCCCAUCAAAAACACUAAUGAUGCCAACUCCUGCCAGAUCAUCAUCCCUCAGAAUCAGGUUAACCGCAACUCCGACAUCUACGUGUGCAUGAUCUCUUAUGCCCACAACGUGGCGGCCCAAGGGAAGUACAUUGCCAUCGUCAGCACCACGGUGGAAACUAGCGAGCCUGAGACUGAGAUCCAACCUGCCCUCGAGCUACUGGAGCCCAUUGACCAAAAGUUUGUGGCUAUUAGUGAUCUUUAUGAGCCAACAGAUGAUGGUACAGAGAGCCAGAUCUUUGCCUCGAGUUCCUACGAUGCCACCACUCACUUUGAGACCACCUGCAACGACAUCAAGGACAUCUACAAGCGCAUGACAGGGAGCGACUUUGACUUUGAGAACAUGAAGCGCAAACAGAAUGAUGUGUUUGGAGAGGAAGAACAGUGAGCGGCCGAGUGGUCUUCUGAGAGAGAAGAGAGGAGGGGGCGUGGCGGGCAAAAGGGGCAAGAUUAAAAAAAGGGGCAGAGCUUGGAGUAGAUUUCUAUGGUCGGUAGAGCUUUAAGAGCAAGAAGUUAGAGUUAAGUGGAUUGUUCUGUCUGCCUUAAACCAUUUGCCUCCUUUUCCUUACACCCCCGUCUCUCCUAACACACACACACACACACACACACACACACACACACACACACACACACACACACACACACACACACACACACACACACACACACACA